AACAAAAGUUGAAGCCCAACCCACGCGCCGGACAGGACUCUGCUCGACGCUCGGCAGAGGAUACGAAACAUGCAGCAGCAACCACCUGGUAAAAUCUAGUUCUUCAGCACGAUAUCUCUGCUACAUGUAUGUGCCGUCGAUCAGGAGAAAUGAACUCGGCGAAGUAUACUAGAUUAUGGGUGGGGCCAGUCAUCUCCACUGCUGAUUUCAUGCGUAGCUGGUUAUGUGCAUGAUUGCUACAGUGUCAGACCCCUAGAAUAAACUUUUAUUAGUAGAGAUCGUGUGAGAGAGACAUGACUGCAAGCGGGCGAGGGCCCCAUUCGUUUCAGGAGGAACAAAUUGGCCACACCCCCUGGCUCCGCCCCUCGGAAGGCCACCGCCCCCUCCUCCACCCACUCGCCCACUAGCACCUCCUCUCUCACAGCACCCUCCUCCUCCACCUCCUCCCCGACCUCCCACCUUUCAGCCACAGCCAUCUUUUCCUCCUCAAUUCGCCGCUCCACCACACACAACCUCCCAGCAAUCAGCUUCCCUUCCUCCCCCUCUCCCCCCUCCCCCUCUCCCUCCUCCCCCUCCCUCCACUAGCCACCCUCCACCUCCACCACCUGAGAAUGCUGAACCAACUCCACCAGAACCUUCUCAAAAGUCAGAAUCAACUACUACCACCGAAUCAAAGGACAAGACAUCACCAUCAACUAGUGGGGGAUUUGAGAAGGUAAAGUUCAAGCCCAUGAGUGGAGGAGGUCUACUAGGAAAGAGGUCGUCAGGGCCUACUAUCAGUAUGAAGAUUGGAGCCUUGAAAGCUGCACCAGAACCUAAGAAGCCCAAACCUGAAGCUAAGAAGCCAGCACUUGUAUCUCAAGUGUUUGGAAAUGAUAGUGAUGAAGAAGAGGAAAUGCCGCCUGAAGCCAAACUGAGGAUGAGAAAUAUUGGAAAAAAUACUCCAACCUCCUCCGGGCCCAACUCAUUCUACAAGGGCAAGAUGGGAUUCUCCGAUCCUCGUGCUGGCUACAAGAGAUACAGUGAAGAUGACUGAUCAUAUUUUCUGUUGCUAUCAUCGCUGUAGCGCACACACAGUGACACGGAGCAUCAAAGCCAGAGCUUUUGUAUUAUCA